AUGCCCACCAAAUCACCCUUCCAAUCCGACUUCCCCUCCGCCCUCACCCUCACCAUCACCCACCCACCUAGCCCUGCCCAGACCCCAGCACCAAACAUCCUACUCCUCCUCCACGGCCUCGGCGACACCGCCGCGGGAUUCACAUCCUUCGCGCGCGCGCUCCACCUCCCCGAGACAACGAUCGUCACCGUGCAAGCGCCCGCCCCGCUCCCUUUUGACCUGGGCGGCUUCCACUGGGGCGACGAUGUCUCCUUCGACUCGUCGACGGGAGCGCUAGACAUGGACGCCGGGUUCACACGCGCCACGGCAUUGCUAGUUAAUGAUGUCGUGCGUGACACAUUGAUGGGUAAAUGCGGCUACCGGCCAAGGGAGAUCAUGGUGCUUGGGCUCGGGCAGGGCGGGAUGGUUGGGUUAUCGCUGGCGCGGGCACUGGGGAAAAUAGAACGGGAAGAAAUGGGCGGGGUGGUCUCCAUUGGGGCACCAUUUGCGCUGUCUGAACAGUCGGGCGGUGCGAAGAAUCGGACGCCUGUGUUGCUCGUUGCGGGACGGGAUUCACUGGUUGUUUCGGAUUCGGCGGUGCGCAGAACGAAAGAGGUAUUUGAGUUUGUUGAGUUGAGUCGGUAUGCGAGGAAGGGCGAUGGCAUGCCUUCGAAUCGUGAUGAGAUGCUGCCCGUCAUGCAAUUCUUUGCGCGCAGGCUGCGCAGUCGGCAGGGUGUGCCGGAGGGCAGUGUGGAGAUCGGUUGA